AGAAGCGGAAAAUAUUCUGAAGCUCGUCCGUAAACAAGGAAGUGCAACCCUCUGCUACGAGGAAAACUACCUAAUAUUGUUUUGAAUACUCCAUCGCUAUGGCCGAUGUAAAGUAUGAUGAGCAUAAGCAAAGCAAGUGGGUGCUAGUAGGAUGGAUUGCCUGCUUUGGCAUGUUAAUUAUUUUGUCAUUUUUCAUCUUUGUUCCUGUAGCUGUUACCAUGGAAAAUGCAGGGAAUAGUUGUUUUCUGUAUGCUGAUGAAAAUGGAUUUGGUGCCCUAUCUGUGUGCUCCUACUGUGUAGCUUCUGCCAUAAUUUUUCUUUGCAUUUGUGGUAUUAGAUUGGUGGUCCUUGUCAUUAAAGUAACACAGUAUACUUGCAAACUUACAGAUCAAGUUUACAGCUGGAUCAAUGUCUGGGGCAUUCAUCUGUUCAUUUUUAUUUUGGAUGUGCUCCUUGUGGUGCUAUUGUUAGUGACUGCUUGUUUGAUUUCGGUGGGAUUGUCAGAGAUCUGCACAGACUUGUUUGGGAACAGAGAAAAAUGUUCAUCAGAUGGGGUUGAUCUUCCAAAUGGAAAAACAGAUACUACAUUCUACAAGGCUCUAUCUUUCUCUGAGGGCUCUGCCUGGUUCACUUUUUGUUUCUGGUUGUUGGUUGUCUGGGGGGAAGUUUUUAUGAUGUGGAGAAACGGUUUCCUUUCAAAGUUAACCCAGCAAAUGAGAAAUAUUUUCCGUGGAAACAAGGGACAAACUAACCAGGGAGGAGCAGCAACACAAGUUUCUCUGGACAAGUAUUAGACUUUAAAGGGAAAUUUUCAAUGUCUUCUGUGAAUCAAUUCUAAUUAAAACUCACUGCUUCUCACUCCACCUACAAGAGGGGACUGUGAUGCCAGAAAAUGUUUUGAACUUCAAACUGUAUUCAGAACUUUAUAUGAAGUUAAUAUUUCUUCUCAUUCGGGUGCUUAAGCAAUAGCUGCUUGUUCCUAUUUAGUUAGGAUUAAAUUUGCUUUAGUGGCUCAUUUAUAUUUAAAUAAUAUUAAAACUGCUGUCUAGUUAUACUUUAGAAACAUUUUUUAGAAGGGAUAAAUAUAUAGUGGUCAAACAAGCUUGUAGUAUCUGAAGAUCUCAUACUACAUUUUUCUGCUAACGAAGUUACCUUUAGUAGUCACUAGGAGAAGAUAAAUAUCUUGGCCAUAGUAUUUUUAAUCAAUUUAACAGGGAAAUUAUGUAUUAAUUUGAAACAAUAUUGAGUUUUUGUUCUUUAUUGUUUCAGUAUUUAUUAGUAGAGUUUUUGGAGAUUUUAACCAUCGAAAAGUUAUAGGACUAAGUUAUGUCUUUGUGGUCGUAAAUGAUCAGAUCUAUUUUAAAAACACAUUCCCAUAUCGAGGGUUAACCCUCUUUUCUUGACACCGUUUAAUGAACAACUAAAAGAAGCUGGCACAAACAAGUGAUGACUUGGGUGCUAAACAUUUGCUCACCCACGCAAUUUUAUUACUGCUGUGCAGUCCAAAUACAGAUUUUAUUGAAGUAGGAUUGUUUAAUGUAAUAGAUUAUCUAUUUUUGGUACUUAUCCAGGAAAGUGUUUUAAUGUUAAAGAAAAUAUUUUACAAUGUCUGUAGUUAAAGCUGUGAAAUGGAACCACCCACAAUGGUCUGGUACAGUCCAUUGUUUCAUGUUCAAAUGGCAGAUGUAAAUCAGAUGUACUCAACAUUUAGCUUUUUAAUAAUCAAUCAAUAUACUUAUUAUUUACAAUGGUUUUGUUUUUUAAAGUGUACAACUGCAUGCUGUUUUGUAUUUGUGUUGAUUCCAUCACAAAAACAAUUUUUCACUAUCUCACAUUUGUGUUGAUUACUUUUACAGCACAAAAACAACAAUUUUUUCUCCACCGUCUCAUAUUUAACUGUUGGGACCAUCUACCUUUGAUGUCAUUUAUAGAGGGAGGAAAUUACUGACGUUUUUUUUUUUUUACAAACUUUUCUUUAACUUUAUUCCUCGUCCUCUGGUAAUGCACUAUUUUUAUGUAACCUAAAAAAAAAUAUUUUUUUUAUUUUCUAAUUGCAACUUUUAGCAAAAUGUGUGUACCUUUCUGUGUAUUUAAAAAUAUAAUUGUUUGUAGGCAUGUUUAUUAUUUAGAAUUUCUUAAUUUUUUAAAAAUAUCAAUUAUCAUGCUUCUAUUUAGUUUUUUUUUUAGUUUUAUUAACAUGGUGCAUUUUACCCAAAGUCAUUGUACAAAAGCCUGUUUACUGGUAUUAUAAACAUUUAUUACAAGUAUUGUUUAACAUUUAAAUAUCUAAAUUUGAUGGGUUUUUUUAAUAUUUAAAAUCACUGUUACGGAUUUUUGCAUUUGUUUUAAUUCUUUGUAGUUAUCACCUGUUUUAUACUUGAAGAUACAAACUUUAACAGCACCUGUUUUAUACUUCUAGUUGAAAAUAUCAGAUCAGUAGACUGUCUAGCACAAUUCCUGCUUAUGAUUUCAGUGAGCAGAUUAUGUUGUACCAGAAAGUCAAUAUAUCACUACCAAUAUGAGCCCCUUGAGGCAUAAGAUCCAUUUCCCUAUGUCCUUUACCAUCCAACCCAUUAACUUCUGAUAUCUUUCCGUUUCCCCACAACAGGUGAUGUGAUUUUUGGCUGAUGCAGAUGUUGGUAUGAUGUUUGUGUGAAGUUGUGGAGUUGAGUGAUACAUUUGGUCAAACUUCUCACACUCUGAGACUUAGUGAGGCUCUUAAUAGAGGGUUUUUCUGAAGGUCUGUUAGUUUUUUUGAAACAUUGCCACGGUCUGACUUCCUUUACCACUAUUGUCAGACUGGGCACCUGGUUAAAGAACAUUGUCAGAGUGCUCCCCGUUCAUGCUAAAGUGUUUCUGCCACUGUGUUCUCAUGUAACUGGACAGGUGGAACUUGUUCUUAAGAUGUUCAUGCCAUAGUUUAACAUGCCCACUCUGUCUGGCUCAGUAUAUGGUAUAUUAUUUGACUCACAAGUAAAUAAAUACUUGCUCUCUAUACAUUGACGUAUACCUAUCUUAAUAAAACAGUAUGUGCAGUUUGUUUCAUAAAUUAGUACAUACAUAUCUCGGUAAGAAAUCAUAGCUAAAAUAUUUGCUGCACUAUACAUUGUAUUUUUCAAUUGUAAAAUGUAUUUCAAUUUUUUUUUUCAAAAAUAAGACUAUGAAACUUUUAAUUCUGUACUCAUUUGUUGGAUUGGAUCAUUUUAAAUCCAUUUUAUUUAUCAUGUCAAUAAUGAUAAUUAUUCCAUUUUACUAAGUUAAUAAUUUAUUUUGGUAUAAUUUGAAUAGAUCAAGUCAUAAUUAGCAUAAUUGUAAACAUUUUACAACUACUUUUUCUUUUUUAAAAGAUAAUGUUAUCUGUGUUUGUAAUGUUUAAAUAAUUGUAUAUUUAAAGGUUUAGUUUUUUUGUAACUUAUUGUUUUGUUUACUGUUUAUGGGUAGCCCUAAAUAAACAAGUGGCUCCCUAGUCUGAUAGAAGAUUGUAUAAUUGCACCUUGGAAAUCAAGGUGCAAAGCCUGGGCAGUAAGUUCAGAGGAGCCAGAUGUUGCCCAGGUAUCAGCCGCCCCUCCCUCCUCACACAGAGCUGAUGAGCUCAAGGGAGAGGUCUUACCUAUACAACUUAGCAUCAGCUGGCUCACAUAAGCCGCCAAAAGGAAACCUGAGAGCUAAUCCUGUCUUGAAGGUUAGCCUAGUAUUCUGACAAUAUUAUGUCCAAGUGGUAGAGUGCUUAGCUGCUAACCCAAAAGUCUCAAGUUCGAGUCAUUAGAACAUCCUGAGUCCACCCAGCUCUGAUGGGUACCUAACUCAUUUUAGGGAAAGUAAAGGCAGCUGGGCAAAGUGCUAACCACACUUUCCCUUCAUAUGCUGAGGUGAAGAAACAUAUGAUCUCUACUUCAUCUGCCUAAUGGAUUGCUAGGUCUAAAGAGGAUUCUGUACCUUUCUUAAUAUAUAGAUUGGCCAAGUAUUCUGACAAUAUUGUCUUGCGUUAUAUUUAUGGCUAGGCCUAGUAUUCUGACAAUAUUAUGUCUUGCAUUAUAUAUAUGGCUAGGCCUAGUAUUCUGACAAUAUUAUGUCUUGCGUUAUAUAUAUGGGUAGGCCUAGUAUUCUGACAAUAUUAUGUCUUGCAUUAUAUAUAUGGAUAGGCCUAGUAUUCUGACAAUAUUAUGUCUUGCGUUAUAUAUAUGGGUAGGCCUAGUACUCUGACAUUAUUUGUUGUAUUCUCCAACUGUCAACCUAGUCAAUUUCAUUGUACAUGAAAUAUGUAAACAGUGCAAUAAGCUUUUUUAAGGUGUCGAGCAAGUUUGACUUCUAUAAUGUUGUACCAAAGAUAAAAAUAUGUUUAGUUUGUGUCUGAAAAUAGAAUUUCUUUUUCUUCAGGAUAUAUAUAACUAAAUUGCUAUUUAAAUUUUAAGUUAGUUUUUUUUAAUAAAGCUGGCUGUUGAUUUAUUUUUUUUAACUCAAGGAAAUUGAUUACAUGUAUCAUUUUACAAUUAUUUAAAACUAUUUACUUCACUUUUCAUUCCAUGUAGCUAUUAAAAUAACCAUAAUUUACACUAUACUGUAGAUAUAAUAAAGGAAUUUAGCAUG